CGUUGUACAGUCUCAGCAGCCCCGCCUCCCGGCCACUGCUCCGCACACCUCCUGUGUCACCUUGGGGGUCUCUCCGGUCAGUCGGUGGCAAGAUGGCGGAAAGGAAGAGCUCCCCCAAAUCUAUCAAGUUCCUCUUCGGGGGGCUGGCCGGGAUGGGGGCCACAGUUUUCGUACAGCCACUGGAUUUGGUGAAAAAUCGGAUGCAGUUGAGUGGAGAAGGAGCCAAAACCAAGGAAUACAAAACCAGUUUCCAUGCUGUUGGCAGUAUCCUGAAAAACGAAGGCUUGGGAGGCAUCUAUACAGGGUUAUCAGCUGGUCUUCUGCGCCAGGCCACCUAUACCACUACACGUCUUGGUAUUUACACCAUCUUGUUCGAGAAGCUGACGAAGGCUGAUGGCACACCACCUAACUUCUUAAUGAAAGCUGCUAUUGGGAUGACGGCAGGGGCUACCGGAGCCUUUGUAGGGACACCAGCAGAAGUGGCUCUUAUUAGAAUGACCGCAGAUGGAAGGUUACCUCCUGACCAGAGGAGAGGAUACAGCAAUGUGUUUAAUGCUCUAGUAAGGAUGAGUAGAGAAGAGGGGAUCACCACGCUGUGGAGGGGCUGUGUACCCACCAUGGCUCGCGCUAUUGUUGUAAAUGCUGCACAGUUGGCAUCCUACUCCCAAUCCAAGCAGUUCCUACUUGAUUCUGGAUAUUUCCGGGAUGAUAUCCUCCUCCACUUCUGUUCCAGUAUGAUCAGCGGCUUGGUCACCACGGCUGCCUCUAUGCCAGUCGACAUCGCAAAAACCAGGAUACAGAAUAUGCGAAUGAUAGAUGGAAAGCCUGAGUACAAGAAUGGACUGGAUGUCCUUAUGAAGGUGGUGCGGUAUGAAGGAUUCUUCAGCCUCUGGAAAGGCUUCACCCCUUAUUACGCCCGGCUGGGACCCCACACUGUUCUGACCUUCAUCUUCCUCGAACAGAUGAACAAAUACUAUAAGCAGUUUUUCCUGAGCGGAUGAUAAGACUUUGUACCCCCCCCGUCUAUUUAUGUGGCUUACAGACCCAAAUCCUGGAGCCAAACCCCCCUCUUCCUCCUCCUAGCCAGGAAAUUACAAAACGGAGCCCCAAAACAUCCCCUGGGCCCCUUCUGGUUUACAUUGUGUAACAAGUGUGCAAUAGCAGGGGAGGGGGCUCUGUCUUAAUAACGCUUUAAAGAAGAACUUCACAAAGCACUUAAUGUGUGACCCCCAUUGUAUUCUUUUUUUUUUUUUUGUAAGUCCCAAAAUGUUACGGUGCCCUUAUGGCUUUAAGUGCCAGGUACAUAUGCAUACAUCAACACUGUUACCUUUUCAUAGAAAACGCACAACCCCCUUUCUGUGGGGGAGGAAUGACAAAUAUUUUUGUGACGACUCUAGCAUCCAGGUACACGUUCCCAAAUUUUAAACUUUUUCCCAUCAUAUUAUACAUGUGCGGAUGUGAACCAGGAGAAAAAAAAACUUGCUUCAGGAGCAAAAAUUACUUAGGGGGGCAUGGGCUCAAACACAUAGCUUGUGAAGGUGUCGGAUACAGGAAUUUGAUUUAGAUACUCUCCCAUCUUGUAAGGAGAUGAGGCUAUACUAUUCUUGACAUCCAAAGCUUUUUGUUUUCAAAAACAUAUUUUGCUUUUUUUCUUACUUUUUUUUGUGUUAAACUGGUGUUCUGCUUUCUAUGUCUGCACAAUCACACAUGGGGUCUCUCUCAGUAGCAAAGGGUUAAAACUUAAAGGGGAACUCCAUGCUGACAUGACACAUGGGCAGGAGAAGCAGGAAAAGCGUAGUGUGUAAAUUAUUGGCACCUCUAGUGAUUCUCCAAUCUUAAAAACUGACUUCUGAGAUCUGCAGUCCAAGCUACUAGCUUCUCCCACAGUGUGGGAGGAGCCUUGUACAGCAAGGGAGGGACCUCUUGAGCAAGGGAGGGGCCUUCCAAAGCAAGAUUUACCAUAGAUGAAGGAAACAGAGGGGAGUGUAAUCUACCAAGCUACUGUCUUCUCUCACACGGUGGGAGGAGCCUCUUACAGCGUGGGAGGGACCUCUUGAGCGAGGGAGGGGCCUUCCAAAGUGAUGGAGGGUCACUGUUAAAGCAAGAUUUACCAUAGAUGAAGGAAACGGAGGGGGGGUGUAAUCUACCAAGCUACUGUCUUCUCCCACGUGUUGGGAGGAGCCUCUUACAAUAUGGGAGGGAGGGUCACUGUUAAAGCAAGUUUUAAUAUAGAUCAAGGACACAGAAGUGAGUGUAGUCUACCAAGCUACUGUCUUCUCCCACAGGGUGGGAGGAGCAUCCUUCAUUGCAGGAGGGACCUCUUGAGCGAGGGAGGGGCCUUCCACAGUGAGGGAGGAGCACUAUUAAAGCAAGAUUACCAUAGAUGGAGGACAAAGAGGUGAGCGUAAUCUACCCGCAGUACUACUCCUGCUUCUCCUACCCCGGCUCUACCAAAUCCUCACAGCUAGAAUAAUCGGAAUGGAGUUUUCCUUUUAAAUUGUUAUUUUUGGAGUGACCUCAGCCAAAGCGAUUUUGUUUUUUUAUCAUCUGUUUUCUCUGGAGACGGUUUCUUUGUCGGGGUAUUAUAUUAUUAUUUGCUGAUAAAUUAUAUUUAUGGAAAGCGAAAUGCAGACCUGUAACUUCUAAUGAGAUUUCGGUAUAUAAACUGCAAUUUGUCCUUAUUA